CUUCCCAAGCUGUUUCUCUACACCAACCGUUCCAACUCUCGCAUCAUUCUGCUCGCUCCCAAAUCUCUGCCAUUCCUCUUCUGUCGCGAUCCCUCAGUCCGCCUCAAAUUGCCCAAGAUGGACUUCAAGUCUUUCGGCAACAGCAUCAGCAACUUUGGGUCUCAGUUCACCCCAUCCAUCUCUCGUACCUUUCAGUAUACCAAAGAACAGCUUGGUCAGGCUGAGGAUAAGACCCAGCUCCCCCCCGAUUACAUCGACCUUGAGAAACGCGUCGAUGCCCUAAAACAGGUCCACCAGAAAUUACUUGCUGUAACCUCUCAAUACUCCAACGAAGCUUAUGACUACCCACCCAAUAUCAAGGAGACCUUCCAGGAUCUAGGACGCACUGUCAGUGAGAAGGUCCAACUCCUGUCGUCAGCAUCGACACCCGCCGAAGCGCAGGCUGCUUUGACCGCGCCCCCAUCCGCCAAACCCCAGCCAAAGACAUUCAACCAUGCUAUAGCCCGUGCCAGUUUGGCCAGCUCCCAACUUCUCCACCAACAACAUACGGGUGCUGGGGAAGACCCCAUGGCCACCGCGCUGGAGAAGUAUGCGCUGGCUCAGGAGCGUGUCGGUGAGGCUCGUCUUGCACAGGAUGCGCAGAUCCAGAGCAGGUUUUUAGCUGGGUGGAAUACCACUUUGAACACCAACUUGACGUUCGCCACUCGCGCGCGUAGAGCCGUCGAGAAAGCUCGCCUAACCCUAGACUCUGUCAAGUCACGAGUCAAGGGUACAACUUGGAAGAUGGGAGGCAUUGGAGCUCGCGAGGAGCAUCCCACCUCUGAGGAGCUACCCGUCGAGGCGCAAGAGGAGAUUGAGAAGGCCGAGGACGAAUUUGUUACCCAGACUGAAGAAGCAGUUGGUGUGAUGAAGAAUGUUCUCGACACUCCUGAGCCGCUCCGCAACCUAGCCGAGCUAAUCGCCGCCCAAGUUGAGUACCACAAGAAGGCUUAUGAGAUCCUGAAUGAGCUCGCGCCUGUCAUCGAGGGUCUCCAACUUCAGCAAGAGGAAAACUAUCGUAAGAGCCGCGAAAACGCCUCGUAGACGAGGGGGUUCAGCGUCAUGAAAAGCAUGACAACGCAAGGUACCUGUCAUCAUGCUGGGAAAUGUGUCGGUUCCUCGAACAUAAU